CUUCUCUCUCUCUCUCUCUCCUCUUUGUCGGUGGUCGGUGUUUGGUUCUCUUAAGGAAACAAUGCAGCUUUUCCCGGCAGCCACCGGGACCGCCGCCCUCUCUUUCUUGGUUAUCUUCUUCCUCUCAUCCUGCGCUUCCACCGACGCGCACAACAUCACUAAGAUCUUGGCGCAGUUCCCGGAGUUUUCGACCUUCAACCACUACCUGAGUGCUACCCACUUGGCCGCCGAGAUUAACAGCAGGGAGACUAUAACGGUUUGCGCAGUAGACAAUGCGGCCAUGUCGGACUUGCUGUCGAAGCACCUCUCCAUUUUCUCCUUAAAGAACGUUCUCUCUCUCCACGUCCUCCUUGACUACUUCGGCACCAAGAAGCUCCACCAGAUCACUAACGGCACUGCUCUCUCUGCCACCAUGUACCAGGCCACCGGUUCUGCUCCUGGAUCCUCGGGGUUUGUUAACAUUACAGAUCUCAAAGGCGGUAAGGUUGGCUUCGCUCCCGAGCUGAACGAUGGGAAGCUCAACGCUUAUUUCGUCAAGUCCGUGAAGGAGAUCCCUUAUAACAUCUCCGUCAUCCAGAUCAGUAGCAUCUUGCCUUCCGCCCAGGCUGAAGCCCCAACCCCUGGACCCGCUCAGCUUAACCUUACCGCUCUCAUGUCCAAACAGGGCUGCAAGAUGUUCGCCGAUUUGCUCACCGCUUCAGGCGCCGUUAGUACCUUUGAAGACAACGUCGACGGAGGCCUCACCAUCUUCUGCCCCACCGACGGCGUUCUCAAAGGUUUCAUGCCCAAGUACAAGAACUUGACGGCCGAGGGGAAGUCUUCUUUACUGUUGUACCAUGGCGUCCCUGUUUAUCAGUCCAUAGCAAUGAUGAAAUCCAACAACGGUGUCAUGAACACUUUGGCCACCGAUGGGGCUAACAAGUACGACUUCGAUGUGCAGAAUGAUGGGGAGGUGGUCACCCUUAAGACCAAGAUCGUGACUGCAAAGAUUACGGGUACGAUUCUUGACGAGCAACCAGUGGCGAUUUACACCGUCGACAAGGUUUUGAUGCCUAAAGAAUUGUUCAAGGCUUCGCCAUCGCCGGCACCAGCUCCGGCUCCGGUGGCGGAUGCUGAAUCGCCCAAGGCAAAUAAGGCUGAUAAGUAUGCUUCUCCGCCACAGCCUGACUCUCCGGAUGGACAGCCAGCGGCGGAUCAAACGGCAGAUAGCAACGGCAGUGUCAGAUUUAACGGUGGGAGAUUUGUUGCAGUCAUUCUGAGUGUGUGGUUAGGAGCAUUGCUACUGGUGUAGUAGGAUUUCUCCCCCUUUUUG